CAAUAGUGCACCCUUAUGGACAUUGAAGAUGACGUAGAAGCUCUGACGUGCGGUUCCGAGACGGUAACGAGGUACAAGAAUGGAACGCUCAUCGACACACAGUAUUUUGCGAACGAGACCCUUUCUGUUCUCCAAAUUGGAAACGAGAUAUCGGCAUGCUAUCUUCACCGUUCGGUCCCCUUACCAGAUGGAAUUGACUUUGUGCAAGCGUCAGAGACCGAUGUCAGACAAGAGGCCAACGCUGAAACAUCUGCUGCCAUCGUCGCUCUGGUCCCACAAUGUGCAGGACGUGUUGUCUAUGAGCUGGUGCCUGAAACAGAUGCAACCACCACAGGUACGUGGAUCGUGCUCGUAAUAUCAAUCACCGGAUUGUCUCGGCCAGACCCGGUUAUUUACAGACAGCCGCCAUUGGGCUGGAGUGAGUUAAGAUUUUAAGU